AUCAAAGCACCACCAAGAAGUUGGUUGGAUGGACUAAUAAACACGAAAUAAAGUUCCGUUGGCUUUUCGUUCCUUCCUGUCUCAUUUUGUCACUUUGUAGUACCUACUGUAUUUGUAGUAAUUUUCCCCCUGGGUCAGGAAGAUGGGGGACAAGGACCCAUCCUACUACUCCUCCUUCGAACCUCCCUCCGUCGUCAUCACCCUCAAGGGAAAGAAACGUGCCUUGGUCGACAGGAUUUCAGCAAGCAAUUCGAUCGCUGACUUACCUAAAAAGCGCUCUCGUGGGGGUGCUCCGCCCUCGCCCAAGUCAACUCGUGCUAAGAAACGCCCCUUCAUCGCGGCACCCCCGCCACAGGUAGAGGACAUUGCCUCUAACGAACACUCCUUGUCCCUCUUCGACCUCUUCUCUGCCUCCAAACAACAACAGCGACCAGGUUCCCUCUCAUCCUCGCAAUCCCCUCCUCCAUCCUCCUCCCUCUCCUCCAGCCCAUCAACCUCCUCUACGCCCAACCACUCCCCCAUCAGCAGGUUCUCGUCACUUGCCGCCCUCCCACCUGCACCCACUUCUCAAGCAACGUCCUACCUCGAUCUUAUCCAAACACCCCCACAACAGCUGCCACAGCAGAAGAGGAGGCAACAGCUCACACCAGCUCCACUCAUUGGAUCCGCCCGUUCACACAAGGCACAUUCUUUUCAGUUUGGGGGUGCGCCAAGGAAGAGGGUUAAUCUCAAGGAUCGUUUCGCGGACGAGGCCGACUCGUGCACUCCAGAGUCGGAAUGGUCGUCACUCAUUUGUUUAGACUGGUCCUUAAAGACAAAGCUCACAAUUCUGUCUUCCAAGUCGUUUGGUUUCCACUCCUCCACGACGGGACUAAAGAGUUCUGAGGAGUCUUCGGGAACGUCGGCAUUUGCACGGUGCAUUGACAUCGACCCAUCCAUUAAGGACUCGAGUAGCAGCAGUGGGGGUGGGGAUUCCCCGCUCGUCGUCUCCUCUCAGUUGGACACGUCACUAGGAGCACAGUUUCAUCAGUGCUGUCUUUACUGGCAACAUCCAAACCUUCCGGGCGUAGACCUAUUUCCUCGUGACCAGGGCAGCAGUUCGAGUGGUGGGAGCAGCUUUUCUUUCAUAUCGUCGUCAUCAACAGGAGGAGCAGGGACACCUGUGAGCAGUUCUGCGCCCUUGGGAGGCAUACGCAUGGAGCAGAAAGUGUUUGACACAAUGUUUACGGAGUGGACCGACUCUUUUCGUUCAGCGUUUCAACUGCUCCGUACCCGACAGUGUCCUUACUUUUAUGUCUGCACCAACCAAUUUACUUGCUUGUUCAGCGCGGCCGGUACGCAAGGAUUGGAAUAUCUUCAGGCAUAUAUCUCCCCUUCAAGCAAAGGAUUGCGAGACGCCUUCAGUCAUGAAGGUAUUGAAUUUACGACACCAUGCAGUGCUCCGUCCGAAGCGUCACCCGAGGCCAACAACAAUAAAACACUAAAAGUUGUUCGUGCCGCGGAUAAAAAAGUAAAAGAUAUUGACGAGAGUGACGAAGAGCCAGAUAAGUGGUUGGACGAAAUGGGCAUCUCGCAGGACGUCAACAUUUCCCAUACUACGAAAACUUCUCCCACGACGAGUUUUGAGGAGAAGAACAAGUCUUCCCUGGUUGUGAUUGUUGGAACCAAUACGCUCGCACUUUUCAAUUUGCUCAUUAACUCGAAGAAUUUACUUGUAUCUUCCACGGGUGCAUUCGCCGGCCUUCCACCCACUAUUUUAUCCCCAGUUGCCUUCCAUGGAGCGACACUAAAGAAACUCAAAAUGAAACUAUCGACCUCGAAAACAUCUUCUCCCGGUAAUAUUUCCCACAGCAUCGAAAUGAAUGGACCAAUCUUACCACAUGUAAUUCACAUGUUGGGCCCAGUUCUUAAGAAAACCGUUGAGAAUUUUCGCAUCAGGCUGACGCCACAUAGCUCCACGGUUAAUCUCAACCUCAAUUCGCGAUACAGCACGCAACAGGUGCAAACAAAUGCGUUCGAGUUGCAGAAUCUGAGCGAUUGUGGACUAACAAAACGCGUACUGGAAGCGUUUUGCAGGUCGGAUAAUGUGGACACGAUCAGUAGCAUGUUAGAAUGUAAAGAUGGACUUUUUCGGUGGUCUUGAUACAUUCUUGUUUUAUGGUUUAAAUUUUUAAGUAGUUAUUUAUUACAUAAUCGAUUGUAUUGUUGUACUAAAUUUUGCAUCUCGGUGUAUGUGUUUUUGUGUGGAUCUCGUGUACACAGAAACAUGGGUUUUAUUUAUGAUUUUAGCAUGCAGCAAUAAUAUUUUUUAUAAUACUUAUUAUUGUUUGUUGGGUUUGGUACACACGUACGUAGGCACUUGUAUUGAAAGUAAUUUAUUAUAUUGUGAUGCCACAAAUUUUUAUGGAGCAAUGGGUGAAACAUUGUUGAUGUUGUUAACGUUUAAUAUAUUUUACCACGACGUUUAUUAUAUUGUACAUUGAGGGUGACUCCUGGCUGGUUGUUACCUCAAUUAGAUACCUGUUGCUCAUCAAUAAUAAGUAUUCGUGAAAAAUCAAAAUUAUAAAUGAAAGAAGAAGCAGGUGUUUUACGAUUGUAAUUCUAAAAUUGAAUAAAACGAUAUUGUUAAUAGGAAUA